GGUCAAAAUCAAUGUUUAAUCUGCAUAGACAGGAUGUUUUGAGUUCGUUUUUUAGAAAGAUGUUGAAUUGAUCGUCCUCUGAUGCCCAUCAGUGUUGCUCAAUGUAAACCACCUCAAAGAAGCUGAAUGUUUUCCAUUGACGUCACCUUUGUUGUGAAACCUGUCGACCUCGAUGCUCGACCCUCCUCUUCCUGUCACAAUAUGGGUUUCAGAGAAAAGGACCUCGAGCUGAAAACUUUCCACUCGAUCGAACCAAUCGCUGCUCGUAUGUCCUUUCAUGGUAAAGUACAUCUAGUCAAGAACACGGAAAUACGCAGCAAAGACCUUGUUCCUCAAAGACCGAGCUACUCUCUGACAGUCACCAUCAGACCAUCAGACCACGAGAUGGACAGGCUGUGUGUCGCUCUGAUUACAUUCUUAUGUGCUGUUUCCUCCAGUCAGGAUGGGAUCUCUGCAGUAGAGGUGGAGCUGAGAGUCAGACCAGGAGACAACAUCACUCUCUACUGUGACUGUAUCAUAACUACUGGAGUUCACAUUAUGUGGAAUAGGAACUGUUCUCACAGGUACCAGCCUCCUCUAGUUAUUUCAAUUUACAACGUUUACCAAAAUCUUCAGGAAAUGUCUGAUAAUUCCAACCGUUUCCCUGGAUAUAAUGUGUUGUGGAACCCCUCUAACAACUCCUAUGAUCUACUGAUUGAGAACAUCACUGAAUCUGACCUGGGACUCUACUACUGUGGGACUGUGGAGAACCAGGUAGUGGAUGAUGGAGGUAAAGGAGGAAUUGAACAGAAAGAGUUGUACCACUAUGGAAACAUCACCACUAGGAUUUCACUUGAAACCAGUCCUCCUGAGUCCUCCUCCUCCUCCCCUCCUCCUGUAGACUGUGGGCUGUGUUGGAUGUUGCUGUUCAGUCUGUGUCCUGUGUCUGCUCUCCUCUCCUCUCUCCUCUCCUCCACCUGUGUCUACUCCUUCUGCAGAACAACAGCUCCAACUGAGACUCAGGUUCCUCUGAACAGGACGACCACCAGGGGAAGUGACAGCAGAGAGCAGACUACAGUCAGAGAGGAAGGAGACUUGUGUUACGCCUCGUUGGAUAUCCGUCAGGGACAGAGGAGACCAAAGAAGAAGAAGAGAACCAAGAACUCAGACUUCAGUACCUACUCAGACAUCAAUACCAGCAGAGUGUGAGACCUAUACCAGCCAUCAAUACCAGCAGAGUGUGAGACCUAUACCAUCCAUCAAUACCAUCAGAGUGAGACCUAUACCAGCCAUCAAUACCAGCAGAGUGUGAGACCUAUACCAGUCAUCAAUACCAGCAGAGUGUGAGACCUGUACCAUCCAUCAAUACCAGCAGGGUUUGAGAUCUAUACCAUCCACCAAUACCAGCAGGGUUUGAGACCUAUACCAUCCAUCAAUACCAGCAGAGUGUGAGACCUAUACCAUCCAUCAAUACCAGCAGUGUGAGACCUAUACCAGCCAUAAAUACCAGCAGGGU